AUGUCUGGUGACUACCCAAAGCACCCAUUCCUGCUGUCGGUCCAAGAGACCGCUCAGGCGCUCGGAGUCGACCCCGACAAGGGUCUGUCGUCGCAGCAGGUCCAGCAGGCCCAGGAAAAAUACCCUGCCAAUGAGUUCGAGGUCGGCGAGUCGGUGCCAUGGUACACCAUUCUCAGCAAGCAGCUGUUCAAUGCCAUGGUACUUGUGCUCGUCUUCGCCAUGAUUCUCAGUUUCGCCAUCAACGAUUACAUUGAGGGCGGUGUUCUCGCCUUCGUUAUCGUUGCCAACGUUACCAUCGGCUUCUGGCAGGAAUACCGCGCCGAGAAGCAGAUGGACGCCCUGCGCACCCUCUCCGCGCCCUCGGCCAACGUAUUGCGCGACGGAAAGACCAAGGUCAUCCCCAAUGCCGAGGUUGUGCCCGGUGACAUCAUCCUGCUCAAGAUGGGCGAUACCGUGCCUGCCGACAUGCGCAUUUUCGAGGCCAUGAACCUGUCCUGCGACGAACAGUCCCUGACCGGUGAGGCUCAGCCCGUCGAUAAGAUCUCCGAGGCCAACAUUACAGUCCCUGGUUCCGAUAAGCUGGCCACCGAGGAGGGCGAGGUCGGUAUCGGUGACCGUCUCAACAUCGCCUAUGCCACCACCAUCGUCCGCAAGGGCCGUGGCCGUGGCAUCGUCGUCGCUACUGGAAUGCAGACCGAGGUCGGAAAGAUCGCCGCCUCCACCCAGAAGAAGGUCCGCAAGCCCGGCCGCUCCAUGAACUACAAGAAGUACGGCAAGCGCCAGCCCGUUGUUGGUCUCACCAAGCGCGUCUACGAUGCCGUCGGCAAGUUCUUGGGUCUCACCGAGGGUACCCCUCUGCAGAGGAAGCUUGCCGCUUUGGCAUACGUCCUCUUCGGCUGUGCCAUCAUCCUGGCCAUUAUCGUCUUCGCCGCUCACAAGUUCGAUGUCACUGGCGAGGUCAUCAUCUACGCUGUCUCACUCGGCAUUGCCAUCAUCCCCGAAUCUCUCGUCGCUGUUCUCACCAUCACCAUGGUUGUCGCCGUGACCGUCAUGAGAAAGUCCAACGUCGUCGUCCGAGACCUUUCCGCCCUCGAGGCUCUCGGCGGUGUCACCAACAUUUGCUCCGACAAGACUGGAACCUUGACCCAGGGCGCCAUGAUUGUCCGCAAGGCUUGGCUGCCCUUCUCUCACACCUACACCGUCCGCGACUCACAAAGCCCCAACGACCCGACGAAGGGUCGAGUCACCUACUCCGAAACCAAGGAGCAGGAAGACAAGAUUGAGGAGGCGCCCAAGCGCGACUACGACCAGGAGCGUUCCGCUGCCGUCCUUAAGUUCGACGUCCCCGAGGAGAAGCUGCAAAACAAGCAACCCGCCAAGGAGCCUGAGGCCGAGAACGAGGCCGAGAUGACGCCCCGCCUCAAGGCUUUCCUGCUGUCCUCCGCUCUCUGCAACUUGGCUACCGUUCGAUAUGACGAGGAAGAAGCAAAGUGGCAGACCACUGGCGAGCCUACCGAGAUCGCCCUUCAAAUCUUUUCCCACCGUUUCAAGCUCGGCAAGAAGUCCCUCGAGGGCCUCGGCUGGAAGCAGCUGGCCGAGUUCCCUUUUGACAGUUCCAUCAAGCGCAUGUCCGUCAUCUACGACCUUCCCGAGACCAGCGAGGCGUCCGACAUCUGGGGCCCGGGAAACAGCCUCGUCUUCACCAAGGGCGCCGUCGAGCGAGUCUUGGACCUGUGCAGCCACAUUGGUUUCGGCGAUGACAAGAUCGAGCUUACCGAGGAGCUCAAGGAGGAGGUUCUCAACCAGAUGAACAACCUGGCGUCUCAAGGCCAACGUGUGCUUGCUGUCGGUUACCGCGACUGGAACGGCCGAUUCACCACUAAGCAGGCCGACGUUUCCCAAGAGAAGGAGAAUGCCCUCCGAACUGAGGUUGAACAGGGCCUUACUCUUCUCGGCCUGGCCGGAAUCUACGACCCUCCCCGCCGCGAGACCAAGCCAUCCAUCGCCGAAUGUUCCUCUGCCGGCAUCAAGGUGCACAUGCUUACUGGCGACCACCCCGAGACUGCCAAGGCCAUCGCCAAGGAGGUCGGCAUUAUCCCCAAGAACCUCGGUGUCUUGCCUGACGCUCUCGCCAAAUCCAUUGUCCAGAAGGCUACCGAUUUCGACAAAAUGACGGACGAGGAGAUUGACGCCAUGCCUGAGCUCCCGCUGGUCAUUGCCCGAUGCGCCCCCGAUACGAAGACUCGCAUGAUUGAUGCACUUCGUCGCCGCAACGCCUUUAUGGCAAUGACCGGUGAUGGUGUCAACGACGCCCCCUCUCUGGCCCGCGCUGACGUUGGUAUCGCCAUGGGUUCCGGAUCCGACGUCGCAAAGUCCGCUUCCAAGAUCGUCUUGACCGAUGACAAGUUCAACUCCAUCGUCUCCGCCAUCCGCCAGGGUCGUCGCAUGUUCGACAACAUCCAGAAGUUCAUUCUCCAUUUGCUCAGCUCCAACGUUGGCGAGGUCAUCCUCCUUUGCUGCGGUCUCGCUUUCCGCGACGGCGCCGACCUCUCCGUCUUCCCCAUCUCUCCCCUUGAGAUUCUCUGGAUCAACAUGGUUACUUCGUCCUUCCCUGCCUUCGGUCUUGGUCGCGAGCAAGCCGCCGCUGAUGUCAUGCGCAAGCCCCCCCAGAACAAGAAGCGCGGUGUCUUUACCAACCAGAUCAUCGUCGACAUGAUUGUCUACGGCAUCAUCAUGGGUGCAUUGACGUUGGCCACGUUCAUCAUUGUCGUCUACGGUGCCAACGGCGGAGCCCUUGGCCAGGAGUGCAACAAGACUUUCACCGAGGCCUGCAGACCCGUGUUCCGCGCCCGUGCUGCUGUCUUCGCCGAGCUUACCUGGAUCAUCCUCAUCUCUGCCUGGGAGUUCAAGAACCUGCGCCGAUCCAUGUUCCGCCUGAACCCCGACAGCGAGAGCAAGUUCCCCUUCUUCAAGGACAUCUAUGACAACAAGUUCCUCUUCUGGGCCGUCAUCAUCGGCGCCCUUUCCGUCUUCCCCGUCAUCUACAUCCCGACGCUCAACACCACCCUUUUCAAGCACAUUGGCAUCACGUGGGAGUGGGGCAUCGUCGUCGGCUUCACGCUCCUCUACGUCGUCGGUGUCGAGGCCUGGAAGUUCGUCAAGCGCACCUUCAACCUCCUCGACGACCACCAGGUCGUCAAGGGUGCCUUCAGCCAGGGUGGCGAGGAUGAGGGUCGCGACUUUAAGAAGACCAUGACCUUCAGCUCCUUCAAGAGCUGGCACUCGUUCGGCCGCAAGGACACGGGCGAGUCGACAGGUCGCCGCAGCCGUUCCCAGCACCGCACCAACACCAACCUCUCGGGCGACACCCGCACCGGCGAGGGUUCUCCCAACAACAGCAAUGAGAAGGUCUGA